CGACUUUAGUUUGAUUUGCAGCUUUUUUUCUGCCUCUUGUCACUUAAGAAUAUGAAGGAUGUGCUGUAAUUGAAAGAUUGGACAGAUGUUAGAGCACGAAGUCGAGAUGUCGCUGGACUGUUUUUAGCUUUUAGACGGAUGAAACCAUUAACCAUAAACCAUCAUUAAUGUAUUCAUCAGCAUAGUUGGGUCUGAUUUAAAUACCACCAGGUCGUUGGUAAUUUCAGCCCCGGGAUAAAUAGUAUCAAGGAUAUAUUUUUAUUAUCCAAGGUAAUUAAAACCGUCUCUGACACGACGCAGUGGAACGAGAAGGAAAGUAGCAGAGCCACAACAACGUAGAAUUGACUAAAACACAGAGUUUGUUGAUCCCGUGUGAACACGCCACAUGAAACACAGGCGUAAAGGGGUAAUAUUUCCCAUGCGAAAAGGGUUUAAGAUAAAAUAAAGGGGUUAGAGAGUUUGCUCCAGUGUUUCUGUUCGGGAUGGAAGAGGACAUUCGCAUGUAGCUGUAAAGUGUUUCUUCUUCAGUAAGAAGAAACUCUCCAAGUGAAGAUGUUGAAGUGCCUCAGAGUUGGGCAAUGUCGACAUGGGACUACGUGGUUUUAUCCACGUCCGCUGAAGGCGAACGAGAGGUCAGUCACAAAGCCACACAGAAUAUAGACGAGAUAAUUGUUUAAGAAGCUGCGAAGUGAGAUGCUUUUGUUUGCAUGAACAUUUUGUCCGAUGACCACGGAAUAUUUGUCAUAGUUUUAAAACAACUGAGGCACCAGUGCUCUCCGGGGUCUGGCGUUUGGGCCUCAGUCGAUGUGGAAAUUAAUUAACUUGAACCCAGAAUUGCCUGUAACGGAUGUCACUCAGUCAAUAAAAAGUAGCAGAUUAUAUAGUUGGAGCGUUGUGCGUUUUAAAUCGGGCAGCCUGUGUAAUGAGUGUUGAGUAGAGGCCUGAGAUCGUCAAAAUUUAAUCAAAGCCUUGCACCAGAAUGGAAUGAAAGAGGAAUUAGAAGUAUGCAUACAUGAAAACAUAGUCAUUGCUAGCAUAGAUCUAAUUAGAUGUGACUAGACUAGAUUUAGAGCUGUGGGAAGAAGAAGAAGAAGAAAAAGAAGAAGAAGAAGAAGAAGAGAACCAUUGAAGACUAUGUUUUAACAUCUGACAUCACCACGCCGCCUCAUCUGGAUGGAUCUUCAGCCAACUAUUUUCGAAGUGUCUGACAUUUUAAAAACUCCCCCUUCCUCCACUCCACCACCUCUCCCAUGUGCCUGCCGACACGUCCGACUCAGUCUCCUGCCCAGUGUCUCAAAAGACAAAUAUUUGCCUGUGAAUGUCGACAGCAGUCGUCCGGUCAGUCGGUGAGAUCACUGUGUAAGUCCAUCGCUCCCAGCGGUGGGACUGACGGGUGCUCAGUUAUACGAGUACACCUGCCCCUUAGUGGGUCCCAUGUCGUAUCCACAGGCUCACAGGUUCAAGUUUAAAGGCAGCAAGUACACAGAUCAGCCACAACAUUAUGACCACUGACAGGAGAAGUGAAUAACAUUGAUCAUCUUGUGAUGACACAACGUUGUGUUGGGAAACUUUUGGACCUGGGAUUUGUGCGGAUGUGACUUGGUCUUGUAGCACCCACCUAGACCAGACCAGACCAGACCAGGCACCUCCACCCUAUAGCAGUGAACGGUUAAAGAACAAAUCGAAAAAAAACCCACAAAAAACAGCACAAGGUGUUGACCCAGCCUCCGAACUAAAUUCCGAUCUGAUCAAUCUGUGUAUUUUAUUUUAAUCUAAUCUAAUUGUAUCUUUCUUGUAACUUCAGUGUUAUUUUUAUAUGCAACUAAGUAACUGUGACCAAGUUAUUUCUAAGUCUAAGUCUAUACACCUCAGGACACCCUCAGGAGGCGAAUGUAUUGGGAAGGGGGGUCAUAAUGUUAUGUCUGAUCAGUGUAUAUGCAGUCAUGAUUCGAUUCAUAAUGUUUUCAUGUUGUCUGUCCGUCCCAAUCUUCCCACGAACCCAAUAGCUCAGGAUCACCUUGAAGGAAUCGUUUCAAAUUUAGCACAAACCUCAACUGUGUUUCAGCGACGCACUGAUUAGAUUUUGUUCUGCAAAAGUCACAAGUCGCUGCGACCUCACACAUCUUGUGUUUUCCCAUCACUCAAGAACUCCUUUUGCAAAUCAUGAUAAAACUUCACACAAGCGUCUAACGGGAGUUCAGCCUCUUCGCCUCCUCUCCCUGGAUGACACCUAGAACAGCAGGCCUCCUGUUCCCCUGUUAGUCCGACACACACAAGCCCAUACUGAGCUCCAGGUCAUUGUCGUUGCACCAUGUGACAAAGCUCUCAAUCAGCCCUCUAUACUCGUAUGUAUAAAAAAAAAAGAAAAAAGUGUUUUUCCCUCAGGGAAUGUCAAUAUAGUCAUAGCUUCCACUUUGCCUAAACUAUGCUUUUUUUAUAUGAAACCUCCUCAAAGUGGCAUAUAUUAAAUGAGUCUGGACAGGCAUGGGCGUAAAGUCCAACCGCAAGGCUGCGAUUCUACUUUUCUCUGAUGAGGAAUUAAACUUUUACGCUGACUGCGUGAAGUAGUGUGCGCUUGUUGAGCGUGUAAAGAGUUAAAACAUUCACGGUGGCUUAGGGGUGCACAUAUACUGUACACCACACGUUCACCACACUCCGCGGUCACACACACACACACACACACACACACACACACACACACACACACACACACACACACACACACAUACACGCAGGCGCACACGUGAUCCCAGCUACUACAACCAAAGACCCCCUCAUCUCUCUACGUCUCCGUCUAACCCACACAUGCUGUAAAUGCACAGCACAUAGUUCAAACCUUUUUUUAAAGCCUCAGUAGCCCAUGUGCCUGGAAGGAGGAGACAGACAGGGAGGGAGGGAGGGAGAGAGGGAGGGAGGAGUGUCCAGAGAAGUGGGAGAAUUCAGCUCCUCAAUGUGGAUUUGAAAGCAACCCCUCCACACUCUGCUCACAUGUAGCUCAGUGUCACCGCAUUAACCAGCAGCGUGUCUCUGAGGAAAUGACUCUUUAAAGAAAAAAAAAAGAAAAAAGAAACACCCCCGGCUUUGAUCCAUCUUCCCCUCCGUUCUCUUCUUCACCCACUCUUCACGUUGGACUGGAGUCAUGCCGCUGAAACGCACCCAGGAGGGCUUUCCUCCGCUCGUCUCACUGGAAACCUGGUGCGGUCUGAAGGCAGGGGAGAGAGCAGCGCUCCGGAGCCGAGGAUCAGAGGAGCCCCCGGAGGAGGAGGAGGACAUUUAGUGGACGAACUCAGGGCAGCAGGGAGACAAACGCGACAGCAGACAUGAGUUUGCCGACUAACUGUGUGUAUCUGACCCCCUCGGUCCAGGAUCGCUACUUCACAGUGCGGAACGGGAGUAUCUGUGGGUCACCGUGUGCCGUCAACGGGCCCAUUGACAUCGUCCAGAAACGGAGGCGUUUUGAUGUGGAGAAUGGCCUGUCGGUGGGUCGCAGUCCACUGGACUCUCAGACUAGCCCGGGCUCUGGUCUGGUCCUUCAGGCCAACUUCCCCCACAGUCAGCGCCGUGAGUCCUUCCUCUACCGCUCCGACUCAGACUUCGACCUCUCUCCCAAAGCCAUGUCCCGCAACUCGUCCACCGCCAGCGACCUGGAGGAGGGAUUGAAGCAUUGGGAAGUCAAUUGGCUACCUCGGCAUGGAGAAGACAUGAUAGUGACUCCGUUUGCACAGGUUCUCGCCAGUCUACGAACAGUUAGAAGUAACUUUGCUGCUCUGACACAUCUGCAAGAUCGUGUGGGAAACAAGCGACCGUCAGGCAGCAGCCAGCCGUCCGUGUGUAAGCCAUGUCUUGCAGAGGAGCCUUACCAGAAGCUGGCGGUGGAGACACUGGAAGAGCUGGACUGGUGUCUGGACCAGCUGGAGACGCUGCAGACGAGACACUCGGUCAGCGAGAUGGCAUCCAAUAAGUUUAAGAGGAUGCUGAACCGUGAGCUGACGCAGCUAUCAGAGACGAGCCGCUCAGGGAACCAGGUGUCAGAGUUCAUCGCCAGCACCUUCUUAGGAAUUGAAAAGAGCACACUUUCUGAAGGAGAAGGUGAGGAUUUUUCCUCCUCUAAAACAGAAGGAGGCGCGGCAACAGACAGCAUUCCCGGACACAUUGUGUGGCGUUGUCGUAGCAACAGGGUGCAAUAUUAUUCAACGGCGUGUUGCAUCAAUAGGAAGCUCAGUCUUCAGCAGCCCUUCCAGCAGGAUGGUCCAGCCGCACGAGGAUGGAGCCGUCAGCCCUUCCCCGUUAUGAUACGAGUGCCUCGGCGUCAAGCCUGGCCGCGUUUGGAAAUGAACACCAUGGCUUUGGGUGUGAGGAAGAGGAGGCACUGUGAUAGAGAGAAACAACAUGACGUGGAGAUCCUGUCUCCACCUCCUAAGGAGAAGGAGAAGAAAAAGAGGCCGAUGUCACAGAUCAGUGGUGUGAAAAAAGUCACACAAAACCCGGGCUUAGCGCCUACCUGCAUCCCUCGCUUCGGAGUCAACACGCCGCACGAAAGCAUGCUGGCCAAGGAGGUAGAGGACAUCAAUCGUUGGGGUCUGGAUAUCUUCAAAAUAGCAGAAUUUUCUGGAAACCGCCCUCUGACGGUGAUCAUGUACUCCAUCUUCCAGGAGCGAGACCUUCUGAAAACAUUUAAAGUUCCAAUUGACACUUUCAUCACCUUCAUGAUGACGCUGGAGGACCACUACCACGCAGACGUAGCUUAUCACAACAACAUCCAUGCAGCUGACGUGGUGCAGUCCACCCACGUCCUCCUGUCCACCCCCGCUUUAGAGGCAGUGUUUACGGACCUGGAGAUCAUGGCUGCUCUGUUCGCUAGUGCCAUCCACGACGUUGACCACCCAGGAGUCACCAACCAGUUCCUCAUUAACACCAGUUCGGAGCUGGCUCUAAUGUACAACGACGCGUCAGUGCUGGAGAACCAUCACCUCGCUGUGGGCUUCAAACUGCUCCAAGAGGAAAACUGUGACAUCUUCCAAAACCUCAGCAAGAAACAGAGAGACUCCCUCCGCAAGAUGGUGAUCGACAUGGUGCUGGCCACAGAUAUGUCCAAACACAUGAACUUCUUGGCCGACAUGAAGACGAUGGUGGAAACCAAGAAGGUGACGAGUUUGGGAGUGCUGCUGCUAGACAACUACUCUGACCGCAUCCAGGUUCUACAGAACAUGGUCCACUGUGCCGACCUGAGCAACCCAACCAAACCGCUGGAGCUUUACCGCCAGUGGACGGACCGCAUCAUGGUGGAGUUCUUCACCCAGGGGGACAGGGAGCGGGACAAAGGCAUGGAGAUCAGUGCCAUGUGUGACAAACACAACGCCUCCAUAGAGAAGAGCCAGGUGGGGUUUAUUGACUACAUCGUGCACCCUCUGUGGGAGACCUGGGCGGAUUUGGUGCACCCUGAUGCCCAGGACAUCCUGGACACACUGGAGGACAAUAGGGAGUGGUACCAGAGCAUGAUACCCCGCAGCCCCUCACCCUCCAGCCCUGAGGCACAGCAUGCUGAGGUGGGGCCAGGAGGAGGACCCUUGGGGGCAGGAGGGACUAUGCCUUUAGUAGGAGGAGGAGGCGGAGGAGGCGGAGGAGGAGGAGGAGGGGACAAAUUUCAAUUUGAACUAACUCUGGAAGAAGAGGAGGAGGAUGAGGAGUUGGAGUCUGACCUGGAGAGCCCCUUAGAGGAGGACCCGCAGUCAGGUGGGGAGAGGCAUCGAGACUCCUCCUCCCCCUCCUUGUCUCCAGACCCCCGCAGCAGCAGGUACCGCCCUCCGUCGCCUCACCCGUCCCGGACCCUGAGUCUAGCCGCCAUGUCGGUGCGGAGCCCCCACCCCCACAGGACAAUGGCCUCUCCGGGGCAGGAGGGCGCCGACAGGGACAGAGAACUGAGCCAGGAGGGCGACGGAGUGCCCUGCCUGCACAUGGGCACGUAACAACCAGCACAACCUGCCCCGCCCGAGAGACACGAGUGCUGGGUGCGUGGAGACGGAGGCAGGGCAAGCCUUUACCAAUAAUGUCUGUAAAAUCACCACAGUCCCUUUACACUGGAGACACCCUCUCUAGAGAACAGAGGAAUGUUCCCCCUCUGUUUUAUUUUUAUUUUUCGGCAAGAAGAAUAGUUUUAGCCUUUUCUUUGGGUGACAGGCCGUUGAGUCCCACCCUAGUUUGCUGUAGCUUUGGUUCGGAGUGUUCCCUGAGAAAAAACUGCUGCAUUCAAGCUGGGAUGAAGAGUGGAGCCAACGCCUGCACUCGCAAACGAGAAGUAAACAAAGGUAAAGGAAAUGUCUUCCUCCAAAAUAAACUGUGACAUUUGAGCAGCCAAUGAGGGUCACAGUGGUGUGACAGGGUCAUGGAAAUUAUUUUGCACCAUAGUUUUUAGUUAAAGAUUUAAGAUUAUUGAGUCCUUGUUGGAACAAGUGAGUAUGAUUUAUUUUUGUUGAAGAAUGGUGUGAGACGUGAAUCAUUUUACCAAAUACAGGAUGUAGAUGAGCAGCGAUGGACCUUAACCUCAGGGUAUGAAGAGAAACAUAAGUCUAAUGUAGCACAGAUGUACUGGGUACCCCUCACCUGACCCCAGACCCCAAACUCUCCUUCCUGUUUGAUUUACCUCCAAGUCGUAGACAAAUGAGACUUUAUUUAACGUGCAUGUCUCUACAUGCAGUGAAAACCCUUUAAUGGUAAAUUUGGCAACUGAAGCAAUCAAACGAUGUAUUCUUCAACCCGCUUGUAGCACCGCAGAAAUUGAACACUGAAGGAGACCGUACCUUUGGUCUCACCUGUUAUAAAAUAUAAAAGACACCAACUGUAUUGUAUUAUUAUUAUUUUUUACCUAAAAGACAAUUUUAAAAGGUGUCAUUAUUUUCAGUUCCAAUUUUCUAACCUUCAUCCUUCGUUGUAGGUUUGCCGGUCUCGUCUGUGUUCAUGUGCUUAAAAAGCCUUUUUGUUUUUUUUUGUUUUGUUUUGUUUUAAAUCAGGGUGCCUCCGGUCAGCAGUAGCACUUUACCGUCUCUGCUGUUCAGCUCCUCCAUUCAGUCACACAAAAGGGCUCCACCCACUGUAGGCCUGCCGACCACAAAAACACGGGACAGGAUAUUUGAUUGUGGGCGCCAGAAGGCAGGGCAGGAAACUUAACCGGCCGAGCAAAUACGAAAAUCUCAGCAGGCGAUCUGAUGCGGUUUCAAAGCUCUGAUAUUAUUGUAAUUACGAGACUUUGUGAGAAGCAUUUGUUAUAUAUAUAUAUAGUUCCAUGUUCAUUAACGUUUGCAUGUCAGUUUCUAAAGCUACAAAAUUCCCUUUAUUGUGAAAUUUAAAUAUAUACGUAUGUAUAUCGGAGCCUGAUAAUCCCUUUAAAACUAAAUAAGCUGGACCGACACUGUCAACGUUCACAUUAAUCUUCUUAAAUGAGGCAGUUUUAUACCUCCAGCGUCCUCUAGUAUAAAAACAGUGUGCCUUCUGACAGCGCUGAUAGCAGCACUGUUCAAUUUACAGUCUUGAUGUCUCCCUUUAAAGGCUCUAGCCCCGGCCCCCCUGAAGACAGGCAGGGGUGCAGAAUCACAUUGGAGCAGGUGGAAACUUUAUUGCUGCAUUUAUAUGGACGCCAGUAUUUUGCCAAGAAUCAGAGUAACAUCAGAAACAAAUAUAUAAAAAAAAAAAAACGUCUCAUGUGACCGCCUUAAUCAGAAAUCACUCGGUCCUUGAUUAUUUCUGCCUGGUAGAGACACUUUCUUUCAUCAGGUUAUGGGAUGAGUAGCCAGAGUUAACAUGCGCAGGGCUGUUGAAACUUCUUCUUUGUCUGAUGUGUUUACAGCAGAUUUGACGCAGAACUGUGUUUCACAUUUAAAAAAAAAAUAGAUAAAAAAAGUUUUUUGGGGCACGUAAACUCACGCGUUACAUCUCAUCAGAUCAUUUAUUUUAACUUCCUUGUGAACCGCAAAUCAGUGAUUUCAUUCAGGCGGGAGAAACGCCGUCCAUAUAAAUGCAGCCUAUAAUCAGUGCACUGUACUUCUCUGAUCUGGAUACACACGAAAUCCUCACCUGACUCUGAGUGUUGAAUGUUUCUUCUGCUAGAAGGAUAAAGAUGCAAUAGUAAACCUUUUCUUGUCGUUGUCAAAGAAGUGAAAAGACCGAACCCACAAUGAACUGGUGCUACAUCUGAGUGUCGUUGAGCAUUUGAGUUUUUUUUUUUUUUAAAUGCAAACACAAAUUUAUGACAUGUAGAUUGUUUGUUGUGGGCAAUACAAACAUCAUGUUUACACAAAGGGGAAAAAAAAAGUAAUUCCGGCCUUACAUUUUAAAGGAGAUUUUCACUCAUCUCAGUAGAAAUUUUAAACACCAAAACCACCUAAGACAAAUUUCAGUAAGGAUCCUACGGUUCCACGAUCGCGGUGUUGCGUUUACCCGCCCUGCCCGCUGGUGCUGACGCAGAGAUGACGAGGAGCUCGGUUUCAAAAGCUGGUUGACAUAAAAGAAUCGCCUGUAGUUCAGACUAAACAGAUGACGCUCCAUCAGGUUAUGGGUCUCAUUCGGUAGAUAGUGCUCGACUGGGAUGAAUGUGUGCCAUAAGUGUUGAAAACACACAAACACCUGCCAGCCUACGAUGCUGUACAUUUUUACACUAGAGAUUUUAACCUGAUGAUGAUUGUAUCGAAAGUCAUUAAACUUUAUAGUGUUAGUUUUUACAAAUGAUACAUGUUAACAGUAUUUAAAGCAGACAGUUUCAUAGAUUUUUGUGCAGCUUAGGAUCAGCCUGUUCAGCCCUUUCCUAAUCAGAUAGCUGAGACUUGAGAAUGUGCGCAGUUUCAGGUGUUUUCAUGACUUUCCCGCGUCUUUCUGUAAUACAUGUUCGGUCUAGAACGGUGUUUGUCGCUGUCACUGAGGUGUAAAAAAAAAAAAAAAAAAAAAAAGAAGACCAGGGAGUAUGUGAACACUACACAAGACAUGAUGCUCUUCCUGGUCAGGCAGUAGUAGAAAACACUAGUUUAACAGUAUUUCAUUAUUUCAGCUAGUAAGCUUUAUUGACCAGCCUUACACAUGGAGAGGUUUAAGACGAUUGGUAAAGAGCCAGGUGUUGCUUUUGACGUGCUGACUGUUUUUUUGUUAUUUCUUUUUUUUGUUUCAUUGUUUUUGAAAGGUUUCUCCACAAUUCUAGACCAAACUUUACUCAACAUCAGUGCAAGUGGGUCACAAAGGAUCACCAAACACACAGAAAUCCUCUUCGUAAUAUGUUUUUAGCCUUUUAGCGAGAACACAUUUCAAUGCACAUAUUUUGCUAUUUUGCUGUCAUUUCAUUUCAUAUUCAAAUUUGACCAGUUUCAAACUUAAUUUGGCCUGGAGUGCAAAAUUUAACCCGCCCCAUGGUGAAAAUGCCAUGUGAACAUCUACAUCCAGUGCCUUCGGUUCAGAUCCUCUAGCACAUAGGUCUUCAACAGGGGGUCUGUGGAGGCACCGCAGUGGGGGGGUCACAAAAUCUGUGGUUUGAUUUUAUAUAUAUUUAUAUAUUUUAAUUUCUUUAAACACACAUUAACAUGAAUCCAACAUAUUUUCAUAAAGGGAUACUUUAAUAUUGAAUGCAAAAUUAUAAUAGUUUCAUUGUUUUACUACUGUUAAAGCUCCAGAAGUACAGUAGAAAUACUAAAAAUACACUUUGUGUUUACAUGAAACACUUUCAUUUUUGAAAGAUUGCAGCUUAGCAGAGAUUCGCACCUUUAAUCUUUUUUAAGAGAUGCUCUGUGGUGCUGUAGCCUUUUGUCGACCUUCAGACGCACCAAGUGUCAUUAACUAUUUAUCUGCAGUUGAAAUUUUUAGUCGACCUAAAUCACUGUAAAACUGGAGAAUUUUUAUUGUGUAGGUGCAGUAAUUCAGACAGCUUUAUGCAUUUUGCCGUAUCUGUCCAAUAUAAAUGUAUGAAUAACAUGUAGAAUAAAUAUUAAAAGCACCAACAUCCAACAUUUUAAAGACAUUCUGUACAUUUCUGAUUUUUAAUCUUUAUGCUGUUCUUACGUUAAUGUGGAGUAAAUUGAAUCACUGGGUAGGGUAGGACAAAUUCAUCCCGUUGGGUUCAUUUUAAUUGUGAUAUGAAAUAUAUGUUCGACUUUUCAUAAGCUCGACUUUAGAUGCACCAACAAUCACUUUUUUUUUUUUUUUUUUAAAUUCUGUCAGCAUGUUAAAUCCAGCACCGUGGCUCUUUUCAGGGCGACACCAGUGCCAUACAGUGUUAAAUGUGCUGACGAGCAGGAGGGUCCUGCUUUCUCUCCUUUGUGUUGCGCUGAUACUGCCUCCAUUAAAGUUCAUGCUGUCUCAUUCUCUCAACCUCUGUGUCGUGCAAACUUCUAUUAAAAAAAAAAAAGAAAAAGAGAAAAAAAAAGAUAUUUAUUCUUCAAAAUGUGUCUGUCAAGACAAAGUACUGUAACAUAGGACAUUUGAUUUCAUGUUCUGGAGCCUAAAAAUCAAGUAUACUUCACAAGUAUGUAUACGCCUGCCACUCCAAUGUUUUUUUUUUGUGUCAAAGAAAUUAACUAUAUUUUUGUUUCGCAUUUUAAGCCAAAAGAGUCUCGGGAGUUCAGGGUGUUUUAAGUGAAAAAUGCCAAUAAAUUAUAUGGAAAAUUUA